AUUACACUGAGUAGAAAGGAAGAAAUGAUGUCCAGAGACAUUGGGGACCUACCAGAAUUUUUAUAACACAGAGACACCCAGUAAGGGCAAAAAGUAGGGGAAAAUGGGUAACCCAAAGGAAUCACCAUAGGAAUCAGGCUUCUUAGAUGCCUUACUCUGUGUCUUCAGACAAUUCUGAGUUUGUAAACAGCAACUCCAUCUCUCCCUCUGUAGACAGAGAACAAGAGUUCAUUGCUAAUGUCACCUUCUACCUCUCUUCACACAGACCACACUGGUGAAGUGAAUGGCUAUGAAAAAUGACUCCUCAGUGAUUGAGUUUAUCCUUAUGGGAUUAACAGACCAACCUGAGCUCCAGCUGCCCCUGUUUUGUCUGUUGUUGGUGAACUAUGUGGUCACUGUCAUGGGGAAUUUGAGCUUAAUUAACCUGAUUUGUCUGAAUUCCCACCUUCACACCCCCUUGUAUUUUUUCCUCUUCAAUCUGUCUUUCAUUGACCUCUGCUAUUCAUUUGUCUUUACUCCCAAAAUGCUGAUGAGCUUUAUUUCAGAGAGGAAUAUAAUCUCCUUUACAGGAUGCAUGACUCAGCUAUUUUUCUACUGCUUCUUUGUCAGCUCUGAGUGCUAUGUGUUGACAGCCAUGGCCUAUGAUCGCUAUGUGGCUAUCUGCAAGCCCCUGCUGUACACAGUCACCAUGUCCCCUAAGUUCUGUUCCCUGUUGAUGUUUGGUUCAUAUAUGAUGGGGUUUGCUGAUGCCAUGGUACACACUGGGUUUAUAAUCACAUUGAUGUUUUGUGACUCCAACAUCAUCAACCAUUACAUGUGUGACAUCUUCCCCCUCCUCCAGCUCUCCUGCAGCAGCACCUAUGCCAAUGAGCUUGUGGUUUCCAUUAUUGUAGGCAUAGUUGUCACAGUAUCCGGCCUCAUUAUCUUUCUCUCUUAUGCUUUGAUUCUUUUCAAUAUCCUUCACAUGUCAUCAUCUAAGGGUUGGUCCAAAGCCUUCAGCACCUGUGGCUCCCACAUAAUAACUGUUGGUCUAUUCUACGGAUUUGGAAUGCUCACUCAUGUCAAACCAUCAUCUGCUGGAUUUGUGGAGCAGGGAAAAUUUUUCUCAGUGUUUUACACCAAUGUGGUGCCCAUGCUGAAUCCCCUCAUCUAUAGCCUCAGAAACAAGGAUGUCAAACUUGCUCUGAAGAAAACUGUGAAGAGAAUUACAAACUGAGCACAAGCAGAAGUGCCACCUUAGUGCCUGCCUCCAUUGCUGUGUCU